CGACACGUAGCCUCAAUACCACCACCUCGCUAUCUCUAGGCAGAUAUUCGAGUUAUUCUGCACGUGAGAGUCGCCUGUAUUACUUUCAGGAAUUCUGUCGCUUGCACCGCGAUAAUGAUCAAGCACACAAUCAUCUCACGACUUGAUGGUCUGAUCCUGACUGCCUCGGUCGACGAUGGCCAAGAGGACGCCGAAUUCAAUGAAGUCAAGGGAAAGGUCAAGCUCGUCCAGCGCCGAUUAAAUCGCAACUCAGAACCGCAAGCCAGUAUCGAAAACGGCUCCUACACAUACCACUACCUCAUCAGCGGCGACCUCUGCUUUCUCUGCAUAUGCGACCGCUCUUACCCCCGCAAGCUCGCCUUCACAUACCUCUCUGAUCUCUCGCAAGAGUUCACUACCAUCUACCAGCCACAGCAGUACCUCUCGCCAUCAUGCCGGCCGUACGCAUUCGUCGAGUUUGACACGUUCAUCCAGCGCACAAAGAAGACAUACCAGGAUUCGCGGGCGACACAGAACUUGGACAAGCUCAAUGACGAGCUCAAGGACGUGACGAAGGUCAUGACUAAAAACAUCGAAGAUCUACUAUACAGAGGAGACAGCUUAGAGCGCAUGGGAGACAUAUCAAGCAGGCUACGAGAAGACAGCAGAAAAUACAAGAAAGCGGCAGUACGAGCCAAUUGGGAGCUGCUGUUGAAGCAGUACGGUCCUAUUGGAGGCCUUGCAUUCAUUGUCAUCGUCUUUGUCUGGUGGAGAUUCUUCUAGACACCUACACGCAACGGACACCACACAGCUUGGCCGACGCGCUGCAUCCAAUAUUGCAAGUAACGCCGGCACCAGAAUGCACCUUGGUAAUGGCUAGAGCUAAGGUUGGACGGAUAAUAUACCCAAUUUCGCAUUUCGCAACAAGCGUUUUUCAAAUUUGGAGGCAGGCGGCGCGUGCAGCCUCAUCUUACCGCGCUACUGACAAACUAAGACAAUGGUGGAUAGCAAUCUCAGCACGAUCGUUGACCAGAUCGACCAGACUCUUGGCUUUCGACCAACAAUGGAGGCAUGGUCAGGAUCCGGUAGGCAUCAUCGCUUCGGCAAGCUGAUAAUUGACCAAUCAACAUCAUGUCUUUCUUUUUCGCGCUGACAG